AUGGCUAAACGCACCAAGAAGAUCAGAAUCCUGGGUAAAUAUGGGACCCGUUAUGGUGUCUCCCUCAGGAAAAUGGUGAAGAAGAUUGAAAUAAGCCAGCACACCCAGUACACUUGCUCCUUUUGUGGCAAAACCAAGAUGAGAAGACAAGCUGUGGGGUUCUGGCGUUGUGGCUCCUGCAUGAAAACCAUUGCUGGUGGCACCUGGACCUACAACAUCACUUCCGCCCUCAUGGCAAAGUCAGCCAUCAGACUGAAGCAGUUGAAGGACCAGUAG